ACAUUCCUUAUUAUUAGUAAAAGGCAUUCAAAGGGCAUAUUAAUUACUUACCCCUCCUCCAGGGGCCCAACUACCCCUCUUGCAGGAGCCCACCAGUCCGCUCCUGAUUAUGCUCCAAGCGCCUUCCCCUUCGCGCCUGAUCCGCGGCGCGUCAUCGCUGAGGGGCGACACCACCCCUCCGAAGUGGUAAAUGCAAGCGCCCUCCCCUACGCACCUCAUUCUGCUGUGAUCAGUGCUCUUGUGAUCAGUUUGUGUUUCUCUCGUUCCGUUUUUCUCGUUCGCUCAUUUACAGUCAUUUUUCAACCAUGAAUUUCUACAAUCUUCUCUUCGCCAUUGGUGCGUGCUGUUUCCCGACCGAACAAAUCCAGAUGUUCGAUGAACUACCUGUUGAGCUCGUGAUUCAAAUUUUAAGCUUUUUGGAUCCCAAGUCUCUGUCAAUUAUGUCACGCAUGAACAAACGCCUGUUUCACAUUUGCAAGAACAAUAAAGGCCUAAGAACCAAAAUCCGCAGAUACUUGCGCAAAGAACGGAAGGAGCAACUGAAGAAGAUGCUAAACCCAGUCAAAGUCAGGGUCAUCAGGCAAGAAACCGGAAGUACGGAUGAUGCUUUCCAAAGUCGGAAUGCCAGAAGAGGCGUUGUUGUCACUCGAAAUUUCGAGCCCACAGUUCUCAGGGAAGGAUCCGGAACUCCGAAUGUAGUAUUUCAACGCCAAAAUACCAGGAGGAAUACUCAUGUCUCUCGAGAUUUCGAAACCGCGCAAGUUGUACCACAGAAAACGCGCCCCGCAUCUCUGGCCUCAAAGAAACGGUCACGCGAUGAUCAGAAGAAGAACCCUGGUUCAGGACUAGCCAAGAGGAUGCGGAUUUGAUUUGUCUUCCGCAGCUUAGAUUUUAAGUUUCCUCAUUUUGUAACUCUAUUUUUAUUCUGUAAAUAGUUGUUGUUUGUACAGUUUUGUUAAAUUUUAUUGUUGUCAUUUGUAAAUAUUGUUUGUUGAAUAAAAUCGUAUGUCUGAAAGCACGCUUGA